AGAGCUUCCUCGCUCGAGGCAUGUUGCUCUUGGCUGAUAUUUCCUGAUAAGUGGACAGACGCUUAAACAGAGAAACUAACACAGAUUUGCAUGCAUGGGGAAAAUAACGCACAUUGUAGUAAUUCCCAGUGCAGGGUACAGCCACUUCGUUCCCGUUAUCCACUUCUCAAAGAGACUUGUUGAGCUUCACCCAGAAAUUCACGUCACAUGUAUCAUUCCCAUUCUGGGGUCUCUCCCAAGUGCUGCAAAACCCAUUCUCCAAACCCUUCCACAAAACAUCAACACGGUUUUCCUUCCACCGGUGAACCCUAAUGACCUACCACAAGGUGUUCCCGUAGUUGUCCAAAUUCAGCUAGCAAUGGCUCACUCCAUGCCCUCCAUCCACCACACCCUCAAGUCCAUAACUUCAAAGACUCCCUACGUGGCCAUGGUGGUUGAUUCUUUCGCCAUGCAUGCCCUAGAUUUCGCUCACGAGUUCAACAUGUUGUCCUACGUUUACUUCCCUAUAUCAGCCACCACACUCUCCAUGCACUUGAACUUGCCCUUGUUGGACGAGGAAACAUCAUGUGAGUACAGAUAUCUGCCGGAGGCUAUCAAAUUACCGGGUUGCGUGCCGUUUCACGGCCGCGAUCUCUAUGCCCAAGCCCAGGAUCGAACCAGUCAACUCUACCAGAUGUCGCUGAAGCGUUACAAACGAUGCUGGUUCGUUAAUGGGAUCUUCAUCAACAGCUUCCUGGCAUUGGAAACUGGUCCUAUAAGAGCAUUGAGAGAUGAGGAUAGAGGUUACCCUGCUGUGUACCCUGUUGGACCACUUGUCCAAAGUGGUGAUGAUGAUGCAAAAGGGUUAUUGGAGUGUGUAACAUGGUUGGAGAAACAGCAAGAUGGUUCAGUUUUGUAUGUUUCUUUUGGGAGUGGUGGAACACUUUCACAAGAGCAAAUGAAUGAGCUGGCUUGUGGUUUGGAGUUGAGUAACCACAAGUUCUUGUGGGUUGUGAGAGCACCGAACAAUGCAAAAGCUGAUGCUGCUUAUCUUGGUGCACAAAAGUGUGUUGACCCUUUGCAGUUCUUACCAUGUGGGUUCUUGGAGAGGACAAAAGAGAAAGGUAUGGUUGUUCCUUCAUGGGCACCGCAGGUUCAAAUCCUUAGCCACAGUUCAGUUGGUGGGUUCUUGACUCACUGUGGCUGGAAUUCGACCCUCGAGAGUGUGCUGCAUGGUGUGCCAUUGAUAACUUGGCCACUGUAUGCUGAGCAGAGAAUGAAUGCGGUUGUGCUUUGUGAGGAUCUCAAAGUGGGAUUGAGGCCGAGAGUUGGUGAAAAUGGUUUGGUCGAGAGAAAAGAAAUUGCUGAUGUUGUGAAGCGUUUGAUGGAAGGGAGGGAAGGUGGGGAAAUGCGAAAAAGAAUGAAGAAACUAGAAGUUGCGGCUGUUAAUGCUCUCAAAGAAGAUGGGUCUUCUACCAAGACUCUUUCAGAGUUGGCACUAAUGUGGAAAAAUGUGGCUUAGGAAAACAAGUUUUUUAUUUAUGUUAUGCAUGCAGCUUGUGUAGUAGUGCCUGUAAUGUUCAGGUAUUUCGUAUCUUAGUUUUUAUUUAUGUAAUGUAAUGCAGCUUGUAUGGUGCUUGUGUUUUUAGUUAUAAAUAAAUAAACUUUGGUCAUUACAAGAUCA